GGACCCACCGACCGGUCCGAUCCCGAGCGCCGCGCCGCCGGGGUGUGACCGAAAUAUACAAACAGCCGGCGGCGCGCGGCACGCGGCGGCGUCUGCAGCUGAGCCGGUGAUAGUCGUUCCCAGCCGCGCGCGCCAGUGCAGCUGCACUCAGCGCAGCGUACGCUGACGGGCGGCAGCGGGGGCGGGCGGAGUACAGAUACUGUCCGAGACACCGUGCGGGGGUACCGAGUGGGGUGGAUCCGAGUGUUGAUACCCGGGCGGAGUAGCCAGUGGUCGCCGGUUGAUAAGCGUUGUGGACUGCUCGGUAACUCUCCAAGAUGGGGGUGAUUGGCAUGGUGGCUGGCUCCAUUGGAGCAGAUGAGGCCGCUCUCAGACUCAUGCUCUCACUCAUGUUUGGUUACCCAGUGGCACUUGCACACAGAAAAUUCCUCAGAAACCAGUCUCAGGCAUUACAGCACAUCUUCUUUAUCUUCUCUGGCCUGGGAAUGGGCUAUUUUAAUUUUGGCGUCCAGGCGCUUCACUUCGUCGCUUGCACGGCGGUGCUGUACAUCACCCUGCUGGUAGCCGGUGGCACCGUCGGCUCGGUGGUCUUCUCAUUCAUCUUCCAAAUGGGCUACCUCAUCGUAGGCUACGUGUUCUCGCAGACGGACGGCUACGACGUCAACUGGAGCACGCCGCACUGUGUGCUGACGCUGAAGCUGAUCGGCGUCGCCUUUGACAUGUUCGACGGCCACAAGGAUAAGUCCGAGCUGCGUCCCGACCAGAAGGACACGGCCCUCUUUUCGCGGCCGUCGCUGCUCGAAGUGGCCGGUCACGCCUUCUUCCCGUCGGCGAUGAUUGUCGGGCCGCAGUUCUCCCUGCGCCGCUAUCAGCUGUUUACCGACGGCCAGAUCAAGUACGCGGCUGACAAGAACGGCGAGCCGGACUCGAUCGCUCCGGCGCUGGUGCGGCUGGCGCUCGGCUGGGCCUACAUCCUGCUGCACCAGGCUCUCUACACUCUGGUAGUGCCCGACGAGUACUUCUACAGCCAGGCGUUCCAGGACCUGAGCUUCUGGAGCCGUAUGUUCUGGAUCGGCAUCUGGGUCAAGGUGGUGUUCAUGCGUUACAUGGCGGCCUGGCUGAUCGCAGAGGGAGGGUGCAUCAUGAUUGGUCUGACCUACAACGGGCGCGACACGAAGGGCAAGCACCUCUGGGACGGUCUGGCCAACGUGCGUAUCCGCAUCUACGAGAACGCCACCAAGUUCCAGGUCUACCCCUCGGCGUUCAAUGUCAACACCAACGCCUGGGUGGCCAAGUACGUGUACAAGCGUCUGCGUUUCCUGGGCAGUCGGUAUGCGUCCCAGUUCCUGACGCUCAUGUUUCUGGCGGUAUGGCACGGAUACCACCUGGGCUACUUCGUCCUAUUCUUUAUGGAGUUCGUUAUCAUCCUCUGGGAGCGAAAGGUGGAGGGGGCGCUGCUGCAGUACCCGUCGUUCGUGUCACUCUGCACCGAGACGUGGCUGCGCUUCCCCGUCGAGCUGGUGCUGCGGCUCUACACGGUUGUAUUCCUGGGCUACUCGUGUAUCCCGUUCGUGGCCGUGGUGCGCCGGCGCUGGUGGCCCCUGUUCAAGUCGGUCUACCUGUGCGGGCACCUGUUCUUCCUCACGUGGCCGCUGAUCGUGCCGGCCAUUCACCACGUGAUGCGACUGUGUGGUGUGAAGCGCGUGCGACCGCAGCGAGCGGCCGAGCCGGACGCGGCCAACACAGUGGCGGCGGCCGCGGAGGCGGCGGAGGCGGCCGCGCCCGGACCCUCGGCAGCGCCCACGCCGGCCGCGCCCGAGGAGAAGAAGGAGUUGUAGAGAGCCGCUCCGUCCCCUAGACGCGCGACCGACCGGCCGCCGCUGUCGGCCUCGGUCCCGCCGCUCAACCGCCCCGCCCGCGGCCGCCGCCCCCGGCGCCGCUACGUCAUAAUUCGCGUCAGUACUUAGGUCCGGGCGGCCCGCGGACUGCAGGCGGACAGCGCGCCCCACCUCGGCGCCGUCUAUCAGCCGUACCUCCCAGUCCUGAAGUCAUCUCCGUUGCGGAGCCGAUUGACACUGGAGACCGGUCGUCCACACCGGGCUCGCUGUCCGCCUGCGUCGGCCGGCCGCCCGCGGCGCCGAGAGAACGCCCCAGGAAGACGCGGUAUCCGCGCCUGGUCAGUCAGCUCGGCGCACCGGGCGUCCCUCUCGGCCUGCCGCCGUUUUGACUCAGCUUUAUCGUGAGUAGGCCGUGGUUGGCUCUGGAGUGCAUUGACUGAGUAUAGUAUCGUGUCGCCUGCGGCAGCCGGUAGAUCCCCCUGUUCAAAUCACCAUUCACUAGGGUCAACCGUAACGGAAUGUCUGUACGGUUCUGGUAGUUCAACUUUCUUAUGGGCUGGGUACAACCGCCCGGCUAGGCAGAAUAGGGAGAGAGAGAAAAAGUAGCGGAUAGCCUUCUUAGAUUUGCCUCCAUUUAGCCUUGCAAAGAUAGACUCCAUGCCGGCCUGCCAUUCAGGAAUCCCCUGAUAGGAAUCAGGUUCCCGUUCUGCCUUUCUCAUAGAACGAGUUUCUCAUGACUCGCUCCCAUUCGCCGUUGUAAGACAGUCGGUCCAUUGCUAGUCGUAAGCUAGCCGCUAGCGAGAACAUUUGCUAUUUCACAAAGUAGAAAUCUUCAUAGAAUUGCCAGGAAGCUGGGAAUUUCUUUUAAAAAAUCGGGAUUAAUCGAAGUCAUCAUUUGGCAUCAUUAUCUAGCUAGAUGACUGUAAGCCAUUCUGGAUUGAGGCCGGCGGUCGGGCAGGCUCGCCAUUGGGCUGGUUACAGGCGGUUACCAGGCUGGUUACAGCGGCUUUACCAGUCUGGCUACCUAGGGUUACCGUGCUGGCUCCUCGGUGGAUGAACGGCUGGUCGGUCGGUCGGCCCGGCCCUCUGGGCGGAUGGGUAGCCGGUUGUUAGCUGAGUGGUUGACAGGUUGGUUUGUUUAUUGGCUGGUAGGCGGUUGUGGCGUGUUUCACUUGCGGUAGUGCAUAUGUAGUCAAGGUCGGACACAGGCUGGCGUGCUAUUUAUGGUUGAAUGCUAGAGACACAGUAAGGCCCUUUGUCUACAAAUAUCUCCGUGGCCUCGGAAAUGUUGCUGGCUUUCGAUUCGCAUGCGGGUUGUUCAUGCUUAUAUUGCUGGUUGGCCGACGCAGAUGCCCCUCAGUUAGGUGUACGUCCGUCAAUCGACUCAUCUGUUGUGUAGGUGUUGUGCUGAUUUCCUGAUGAUUGACUCGAGAAUAGUCCAGUCUCACAAGGUGAAUGAUUAUUGGAUUCAGGGCCUUUUGCGUUUGUGAACAGUGGUGUUUUGAUUGUUUAUCGCUUCGGCUCCAAACUUUUUCGUCUUUUUUUUGUCAGCAGAUCAUUUCGGGUAGGCGUCUGUUGAGUGUGGCUAAUCAAAGCUGCUUUGAAGUGGCAUGACAUGACACGGCAUAAUUACCAUUGUACUUAAGGCUAGGGCAUCGUUAAAUUAAUAUUUUAUGGCGUAAGUGAUGCUGCACAGCGAUUGUGCCGCUUUCAUUGUGUAACAAUACAGGUUGUCUAAAUCUA